GGUCCCUCAUCUUUGUUUUCCCCGGUCACCCUCAACUUCCUACCUCCCCCCCUUCGCCAUCCAGCUGUUUGUGGCCAUCAUGAACAGCUUGGUGGCUACACCACCUGUGCCUCCUCAUCACUUCUACGAGUACUCCCGUCCCUCCCCUUCUCGUCCAAUGUCUACUCCGAUUCACACUCCCAACAACCGCAAACGGAAAGCCGAUGAUGAGAACGAUCAUGAUGGCCGAAUGUCAGCGUCACCUACCAACUCUCCCGCCUUAACCCCCAGAACUCUUCCAGUUAGUCGGAAUACCAAACGGGCUCGCCCAAAUGUCAGCGGGCGGCCUCUCGCCCUACCCCGGCUCCUAGAGACCUUGGACACAGAUGCUCUCCGGGGCAUCCUUCGGACCAUGUGUGAGCGUCAUCCAAGUUUGGUGGAAGAGGUGGUCCAAACCGCACCUCGGCCGAGUGUGGCCUCUGCUCUCCAAGUCCUUCGAAACUACGAAUCUGCCCUUCAGUCGUCGUUCCCUCUCGGUGGCAACUCUUCAUCUGAUUACGCAUACAACCGAGUCCGACAACCGCUGGGGAAUCUUCUAGAUGCCUUGAGUGACUUCACACCACAUUUCCUACCACCCCACGAGACGCAGUCAUCUGUUUCCUUGAGUUACCUGGACGGUGCGACCGACAUAAUUCACGCACUGCCCCGGUGGAGUACACCACAAAAUAAUUUCGAACGGGAUUCCGCAUACGACGAGAUCUGCAAGGCCUGGAUUCUGGUGAUCCGGGAGGCAGCGAAGCGCGGCGGCGGAAUUCAGUUACAAUACGGUGGUUGGGAUCAGAAGUUGGCAAAGCACAAUCACAACUCGGGCGGUAAACUGCAGGCAGCCGUCAACGAGCUUGGUUCCAGUUUGGGGUGGAUGCACAGACCGGAUGCCCAAGGCUAUGGAAGCCCAGGAGGUAACGACCUUGGCUCCAUUCGGGAGCAGCUCCUGUCGGGCACAUACGGGCUCGGUACCCCCGUCAAAGUUGGGCCAUGGUGAAGUCGUCAUCCAGCGGCCACCCGUCACCCGCCUUUAUCCCCGAUUCCAACCAUACUACCUCAGAUUCGAGACACUCUUAUCCGUCCCCCGGAGCUACUUUCCGAAGAAUCCUCGACCGUGCACGUCCACGUAUGAUACGAUCACGAUUACCUACUGCAUGAACUAGAGUUGAGGGUCAGCUUGGCGUUUACAGUGUGCAAGCAAAUUAUUUUUUUUUU